AGCGGGGCAAAAUUCAAGCUCAAAAAAAAAGUUAAAAUAAAAAAAAUAAAAUAAAUAAAAUUCUGAAAUGUCGGCGGAACUCGUUGAACCCUCCCUAGCGGCGGAAGGAUCCCCCGUGAAGAAGCAAGAGAUUGACCCUAAAUCUCGAGGAUCCGAGUCCCAGUCGAUGUCCGUAAAAUUUUCCAAACUGAGCACAUCGAUGGACUCCUCUUCCCAUUUGGAGGAAUCGGUUCUGAUGAUUCUCAGUUCGGAGGAUGCUGACCUGGAACAACGGUCAACUAAGCUCGAGUGUGAACAUGGAGUUGUGGUGAAGAGCGAGGAGCCCGAUUCGGUUCCAUUCGUAGACUCGGAGCCACCAUUCAAGAAGAACAGACGCGUACAAGUCCCGUCGUCUGAUAUCACCAAAGGCAUAACGAGUAUUGAGCCAUCACCGAAAAAGAGGCCCAGGAAAAAGCUGCGCGAUCCUGCGCCACAAAAGAUUGGAGUCUUGGUGGGAGUUCCAUGCCGACGUAAAUCAUCCAUAAGCAAUAGCCCCGAAGUACAGCAACCGGAACUCCUGAAGCACUUUUCAUUGAUUUUUCUGUUUUAUCGGUUGAAGAAUCCAAUUAAAUGGGACACAACCACAUUCAAAGAGAUUCAAACGCUUGCAAACUCGAUAGAUACCUCUAUGGUCACUACAAAGCUCUUCGUUCAAUACCAAGAUCGGGGCUAUCAUUUAAGGCUGACUAGUACCGUGGCUAAAGGGCGAAUCAACUCCAAAGAUGCCGCUCCACCCAACUUCAAAAAUGCGCUGAUCGAUCACGUGUCGAGGUACACCGGAUUGGUUCUGAAAUGUGAGGCGUCCUUCAUGAUGCUUUGGAGAGUUGCUGACGGUUACUAUCUGUACGAUCCGUGUUUGAACGAAGUUUCUCAACUGAUGUUCAUCAACAGUCUCGAACUGUUGAUACAGUUCAUACUGGACACGAAACAGUUGAACGAUCGGUCCAAGUUCUACAUGUCUAAAAUUUCGUGGCAUUCUGUUGAGGACGGAAUGAUUACGACGCUGAAGCGGAUGUCUCGAGUUGCGAAGAAAUUCAAAAUCCUCAAUCCCAAUGAAGCCUUACUAAUGGGUGAUCGAUUCUUCAAGAAGGCAGGAUACAAGCUGGAAUCACUGCGAGUGUCCCUGAAUGCGAUAUAUAUGAGUGCGAAAAUCGAGGCCAGAUCAUGGGAUGCUAGCGUACUGAAUGGACUGUUCGACGGUCAAAUGAACGAUAAGCAGAUCAACAAACUGGGCGUAUUUCUUUUGGAGGAGGGUCAAGAAGAGGAUUUUCUCUUGGAUGAAGUGAGACUGAUUCGAUUGGAUGUUGCCUUCAGUUACAUGGAACGCGAGCCUUUCGAGUUGCUGAUUAAUAGAUUCUUGGCCAUCCGUGUUGCCAUUAUCUUGCGGAUAGAGGAAUACUACUUUGCCAUCUGGAGUAGCAAUAGCAUUUUGUACUGGUUUUCUCCAUUCCGUUACGAUGCUUUAAAAUUGGACCCGGAAGAAUUGGACGAUAAGGCCAGUUUCUUGUUUGCAUUCAGCUCACUGGAUAGGCUCUCCACGAUACUAUUCGAAUACCUCACCGAAAUAGGAUUACUACCAUGGCACAAAAUCCACCUAUUCACAGUGGAUAGUGAAGCUUUCGGAAAAUCGCCUCGACUUCCUUUGGUGGAUAGCAAAGACUCGCUAACGCGCACCGAACUCGAGAUCAACAUUCGGGAGGCUUCGAAGGUGAAGGAAUACGUUCAGAUUGGGGAUUUGCCGCCGAUGACACUUUCCGAAGCCAAACUUUGUCGCAUCUUGUUGCGUGAUAUUAUGGGUGGUGCCGAAAAGCAUUAUGACGAAUAAAUUUAAACUUUAGCAGCA